ACCUUGCAACCAUGAACUCGACUCUGCUCCGCACCACUGCCGUCCGCUCCGCGCUGCGAGCUGCUGCUCCCAAAGCCAGCACCCGCGCUGGGCUUGCGGGCACCACCUUCGUCCGUGGAAAGGCUACGCUUCCUGACCUUCCGUAUGACUACGGCGCGCUCGAGCCGUCCAUCAGCGGCAAGAUCAUGGAGCUCCACCACAAAAACCACCACAACACCUACGUAACCUCGUACAACAACUUCACCGAGCAGAUGGCCGAAGCCGAGCACAAGUCCGACAUCGCCGCCAAAAUCGCCCUGCAGCCGCUGAUCAACUUCCACGGCGGCGGCCACCUGAACCACUCGCUCUUCUGGGAGAACCUCGCGCCGACGAGCCAGGGCGGCGGCGAACCCCCGUCGGGACCCCUCGCCCAGGCGAUUAACGAUGGGUACGGGAGCUUGGACGCGAUGAAGGAGAAGUUUAACACGGCGCUGGCGGGGAUCCAGGGCAGUGGGUGGGCGUGGCUGGUGCAGGAUACGCAGACGGGGAACGUGAUGAUUCAGACGUAUGCGAAUCAGGACCCGGUUGUGGGGCGGUUUAGGCCCAUUUUGGGAAUCGAUGCUUGGGAGCAUGCGUACUACCUUCAAUACCAGAACCGCAAGGCCGAGUACUUCAAGGCUAUCUGGGAUGUCAUCAACUGGAAGGCGGCUGGGAAGCGCUUCAAGUAGAUCCGACAUAUCCGCGAAGGGGAAAUGCGGGAAAAAAGAAUGAGUUCGUCAACCAAUGGCCAGAGCGGUCCACCACGAAGUAAGGAGGCAUUGUAGCAUACUUCUUCAAGCAGUCUGUCUUUCCAAGUUAGUGUUCUUUUCCCUCUGAGCGUGUCAGUGCUGCGAAAAGGACCAAGUACCGAGAUUGAGCACUACCUGGUCAAUUUAGAGUUGCCACGUUUAUUCAUGUCAACCUUGGAAGCACAUGUUGUAUACAGGACGCCAUCGAUUGCUGCAGCUCUACGGACCAUAUCAACGCAAAGUUCGUGCGACGCGCCCUCCUUGCAUCUCUUCCUGUCCUUCACCCAU